AUGAAAAAUAAAACCAUGUUGACUGAGUUUAUCCUGCUGGGCCUAACAGAUGUCCCAGAACUCCAGGUGGUGGUUUUCACCUUCCUGUUCCUAGCCUAUUUCUUCAGUAUCAUCGGAAAUCUGACUAUUCUUAUCCUCACUUGGCUGGACUCCCACCUUCAGACUCCCAUGUACUUCUUUCUCCGGAACUUCUCCUUUUUAGAAAUCUCCUUCACAAACAUCUUUAUUCCCAGGGUCCUCAUCAGCAUCACAACAGGGAACAAAAGUAUCAGCUUUGCUGGAUGUUUCACUCAGUAUUUCUUUGCCAUAUUCCUUGGGUCAACAGAGUUUUACCUUCUGGCUGCCAUGUCAUAUGACCGCUAUGUGGCCAUAUGUAAGCCCCUCCAUUACACAAACAUCAUGAGCAGUAAGGUCUGCACCCAGCUAGUCCUCUGUUCUUGGCUGGCUGGGUUAAUGGUUAUUAUACCACCAUUCACUCUGAUGAGUCAGCAGGACUUCUGUGCAUCCAACAGACUGAAUCAUUAUUUCUGCGACUAUGAGCCCCUUCGUGAACUUUCCUGUUCAGACACAAGCCACUUAGAGAAGGUUGUCUAUCUUGUGGCCUCUGUGACCUUGGUGGUCACCCUAGUGCUAGUGAUUCUCUCCUAUAUGUUCAUUAUCAGGACCAUUCUGAAGAUCCCCUCAGCCCAGCAAAGGACAAAGGCCUUUUCCACUUGCUCUUCCCACAUGAUUGUCAUCUCUCUCUCUUAUGGAAGCUGCAUCUUCAUUUACAUUAAGCCCUCGGCAAAAGAAGCAGACACAUUCAACAAGGGAGUAGCUCUACUCAUUACUUCAGUUGCACCUCUGUUGAACCCCUUCAUUUACACGCUAAGGAAUCAGCAGGUGAAACAAGCCUUCAAGGAUACACUCAAAAAGCUUAUGAAUUUCUAG